ACUAAGCGAGUCUCAAGCGCAUUUCUAUGCACGUCUCCUCCGUGGAUCUACCUAAUUAUUGUGAAAAGGCGUUGGCGUGGCUUGUUGAACGUUAUAUAAAGAUGUGCAGAUACUUGCAACAUAAUCUUAGAGACUCCUUGAAUACUUUGAUUGCUCAAUUGAAUAUAACUGAUGUACUAUAAUUUGGAAGGAUGGUUGAGACAAGUGGAGUUGUUCACUUCCAGAUAGAAGGAGACUGCCUUCUGUCAUCCCCUAGAUCAUUUGAAGAAUUUGAUGGGAAGCCUUGGCUGCCAGCAUUAAAGCCGGAGAUCACCAACAGCGCUCAACAUUGUUAUACUCCUAACCUUAAUUCUCAGAGAAUCCAAGUAUUAAGAAAGAGUCUUAUGCCUGAAGCUAGGCGUGCACACCUUGGAAUGUAUAACAGCACAGGUUCUUUAGUUUGCCAGCCUUCUGAUAUUGGACAUAGGUCUGGGAGAGCAACUGCUCCCUGCAGCCCUUUGCGAAAUAAACAAAAUGACCUACUUUACUCUCCAGGCAGUAGAAUACCUUUAGUUUUCUCUCAACCACUAGGGCAAAGUUCUAUUGUAACAUUUACAUUUGUCAAGAAGUCCAGUGUGCAGAACCUGAAUGGAUUCCACUCAUCAGACUUUAAACAAAAAGACAAUGGAGACCAACACGAAGAGAGCAGUAUAAAUGUGAAACAAGAGCUUGGAUCUUGCCAUGGAAAAGAAGACAUAUUGCCAGAAGCUCUCUGCAUUAGUGAACAAGUGGUUGGUUCGCCAAUACUUGAGACCUUAUCUUCCCAAAGCGCUAGAUCAAAGCUGUUUUGUAACAGGGAGUCCAACUGUGAAUCAAAAAGUCCCUGCUGUGCAGAUUUCGCAGACGGGUUGACUUUUGAGUCUUCUAAUGGAUAUAUUAAUACAAAAAACUUGACAUCAAUCGUCACAUCAUCCAAAAAAAAUCCUUCUAACAACUCAAGUCAUCUGCUAAAGAGAUUUGUUGGAGAGGCAUUUAAGCUGAAAGAGCAGGUUGAUGCAAGAGGUUUUCAAAAGGAGGCUUCUCUCCAUGCACAGAAGAUUGCAAAGGCUAAAUGGGAAUUCUUCUAUGGUUCUCCCAAACAAAACGCAGGUGUGCAGUUGGGAGAAACACUGACAUGCCCAUGUUCGCCUACCAACACCGACAGCUUUAGGAACGCAACUUUGGAACCUGUAACAGAUACAUCAAGACUUGGUUUAUGUCAUGUGGAAGUGGAAAUAGAAACAACACAUUCUACCAAUGAAAUAAAGUCUGAAAACUGUGAAACUGGUAUUAUCCGCAGAACUAUCAAGUACUCCGAAACAGACAUAGACUCUGUGCCGCUAAGGUGCUACCGGGAGACAAACAUAGAUGAUAUUCUGGCUGAGAAUGAAGGUCUAGAUUCUGCCAUCGGUAGCCAAAAGGAUAGCGAGAGCAACAGAAGCGUUACUGAUACUAGUUUGCGCAAAGAAAAUGAGCAACAGAAAGAGCCACAAGAGGAGGACAUUUUGGGUUUUCAAGACAAUAGGGAUGAUGAUGAAGAUGAAGUCUUUGAGACAACAAGGAAAGAUGAGAGUAAAAGGGACAACAUACAGAAACCCUGCAGGUCUUCUCUGUCAUUUCUUUUGUGUCACCGGCUUUCAGAGGAUGAAAUGGACUCUUUUAGCAAGCAUUUUGAGAGUAUUAUGGAGUCCCAUAGAGCCAAGGGCACAUCUUAUUCCAGUCUGGACUCCAUUGAUAUUCUUUCUUACUCUACGCAAAAUCAAAACAGCUUUUUCACCUUUGAGCUUCCAACUUUAACACCAGAAACACAAAAGCAGAUAUGUAAGAAUGCUCAAAUUAAUGAAGACAAUUUCGCACCCUUGGCUCACUUGGAGCUAGACUCUUCGACAAGUUCCACAAAAAAUUCUGUCUGUAGUGAACAUGAAGAAGACAUUGCGAAUGUAGCAAUAGCAACAAAUGCUUUAGCCAGUCCAUCGCCAUCAGAGGACAGCUUGAACAUUGCAGAUGAUAUUAUUCAGAGUGAACCUCCCCUUGGCAACCUAGCCUCCGAGUCCAACUCUAAGAUGGACAGCACCGAAUGCCUGGCUCAUGGAAGCACAGAUACCUUAUCUAAUGGACAUAAAGCGGACCAGGAAGCUGCAAAACGUCUGGCAAAGAGACUCUACAACCUGGAUGGAUUCAGGAAGGCAGAUGUGGCAAGGCACUUGGGGAAGAACAAUGAAUUCAGUAAGAUGGUCGCAGAGGAGUAUCUGAAAUUUUUUGUCUUUACUGGGAUGUCUCUUGAUCAAGCCCUCAGAAUGUUUUUGAAAGAGCUUGCCCUUAUGGGAGAGACACAAGAAAGAGAACGAAUAUUAGCCCACUUCUCUCAGCGGUACCACCAAUGUAAUGCCAACAGCAUCACAUCAGAAGAUGGGGUUCAUACCCUGACAUGUGCACUGAUGCUCUUAAACACUGACCUGCAUGGCCACAACAUUGGCAAAAGGAUGUCCUGCUCAGAAUUUAUUGGGAACCUGGAAGGUCUUAAUGCAGGAAAGGAUUUCCCCAGAGAACUUCUAAAAGCUUUAUACAGCUCCAUAAAGAAUGAGAAACUACAGUGGACAAUAGAUGAAGAAGAACUGAGAAGGUCAUUGUCAGAACUUGCAGACCCAAAUCCAAAGUCCAUAAAACGUAUUGACAGCUGUGGCAAACCAUUCCUGGACUUCUCUCAAGACCCCAACAUUACCACUUACAAGUAUGGUGGCCUGGUUCGCAAAAUUCAUGCUGACCCAGACUGCAAAAAAACACCCAGAGGAAAGCGGGGAUGGAAGACCUUCCAUGGCAUAUUAAAGGGCAUGAUUUUGUAUUUGCAGAAGGAGGAAUAUAAACCAGGAAAACCUCUUUCUGAAGAAGAUUUGAAAAAUGCAAUCAGCAUUCAUCAUUCUCUAGCUACCAGAGCAUCAGAUUAUAACAAAAGGCCAAAUGUUUUCUACCUACGGACAGCAGACUGGAGAGUAUUCCUGUUCCAAGCACAGAAUUCAGAACAGAUGCAUUCAUGGAUCACUCGGAUCAAUGUAGUAGCUGCUAUGUUUUCUGCUCCACCUUUCCCAGCUGCAAUUGGAUCACACAAGAAAUUUAGUCGUCCUCUUCUACCAAGCACUGUUACCAGACUUUCCCAGGAGGACCAGAUGAAAACACAUGAAUCCAAGUUCAAGAGUAUGUCAUCGAGUUUGAUAGAACACCGGACAUCUCCUCCAGAUAAGAAACUAAAAGGGAAAGAAGUGGAUGAAUUCAAGCAAAAAGAAGAGUAUCUGGAGUUUGAGAAAUCUCGCUAUGGUACAUAUGCCAUGUUACUGAGAACUAAGCUGAAGGCAGGCACAGAAGACCUGGAAGCGUUUGAUACAACUCUCUUUGAAUCAACUGAGAAUGAUGAGGAUGGGCUUAAGAAGUCAUGUUCUAGUCCUUUAAAUUUCGACCCACCAACCACAUCAACCAAAGUGAAAUACCAGGUUUUCUCACAGUCAAGCUGCAGACCAGACCAAAGCAGCAGGCAGAAAUCUUGAACUAGCUGAAAGUUACAAAAGAAGCAACGGGGAAACCUCUUCCCGCUGUCCCAAGUAUGUUAUGAGCCAGUACCAAGAAGUAUUGCAUGAUUUAAUACAGAGCUUUUGAAAAGCACGUAAGGUAUCCUUGUGAUGAUGGAUUAUGAGUGUUUAGCUAUACAAUCGUUAUAAGCACUUCCUGUGUGAAGGACAUGCACACAUAAUAAAGUGUGAUCAAGGAGCAAACACUAUGUGAACAAAAGUAUUGCUUCAUGGCCAGAUAUGAGCCCAUAAACAACAUUAAGCACCAGUGGGACUAUGUUUUUAAAUUGAGAGAGAAAUCAAAAACAAAAGGUAACCAUCCCCACUAAAAUGGGAUUAUCAUGCCUACCUAAGUGAACUUCAUUAAGUAAAUGCUUGAAGCACAUACAAUUGGUUACUGUAUCACAUUUUUUACAAGAACACCAAAACUUUGCCUACAAUUGUAAACAAAAAGACACUAUACAGUAUUUUUAUGCUAAUUUUCUAUAUGUUGUGGCAGUGAGGAAAAGGCACUGGCAUAAAAAUUAACUGAAUUUCCUAGGGCUUUGGCAGAUGGCUUGUUUAUUUUAGGAUUGUGCCAUUUCCGCCCAGGUUCUUACUGGAUUCCUUCUUUUUUGUGACAUAUUUUUGCACUUUUACUAUUUGAUGCUUAUACAAUUGUCAUGCUGAAUGUUUGCAGUAUUAAUGCUCUUUUUGAUGAUUGAGGAAAUAGUUGCAUUCAUGAGAACAGUUUACAUUAAAAUUCUAAAAUGGA